UAUAACUGGGCCACACCCACUAGUUUAAUUCUUACUGCGCAUGCGCAUAAGGUGGGGCAAAGAAGGCGUGGAUACACGUGUUUUUUAAAAUGGCGACACCAUCUUCUUCCUCAGUUGAAAAUGAGCCUCCCUCCUGCCCAGAGUGUAAGUCUAGGAAUCUUGUCAAGGACGCCUGUGCCUCUGAAGAUAUGCUGGUUUGUCAUAAUUGUGGACACAUAGUGGAGGCUGGGUCUUUAUGCAAUCAAUUACCAUCACUACAGAGCAGUGGGAUGGAGGGAAUGAGGCAAACAGGAGCAGGAGGAGGGAGUAGUCGAGCUGAGAUGGCUAAGUAUGGGUGGCCGUCUAAUUACGAACAUCAGAGAAAAACGAGACUGAUAAGUCAAAUUAAUAAAAUCUGCAAUCAUCUUGGAGUUAAGAAUCAUGAUAAAUCAAUCGUCUUGGAUAGUUUGAAACAUUCCUUCAUGGUUGACCUAAAAGGACUAAAUGAUACCGGAAUAGCAGCUGCAUUAGUGUUUCUUCUAGCGUCAGAUCAAUCUCUUGAUUCGCUAAGAAAAAUAAACGAAGUUGUUGGACUAAAGGAGAAACAACUGAGGAAAUUAGUCAAAAAAAUUAAGUCCCUACCACCAUUUAGUGAUACUGUAAUUACACCAAAGAAAUCAACAGUACAAGAUGUAGUUAUUGAUUAUAUUGACAAAUACAGCAUAGAAAUGGACACUGAAACAAGGAAAGAAUGCAUAUCCACUGCUUCCAGUAUGUUUGAGUUAUUAUUAAAUACUGAUUUGCAGAAAUCUCUUGAGAAAUGCUUAGCGUCGCAUGGCUCGUCGCUAUUAUCUGCUAUAUUGCUACUGUCUGUUGAUCAUAUCAGCAAAGCAAAACUUCAUAAUGAUAAAUUAUAUAAAGAAUUUUCAGAGAAACUUGAUGCUAAGAGCAGGUCUGUGUCCACAAAUUCUUCUUCUGUUCGGAGACGGUUACUUCAUUUAGCGAAAAAGAUACCAUCGCUAAGUGAUGAUCAUGAGCUCAAAAUGCUGACCAUUACGAAAUAUUUGUCUACGAUAUUACAAAAUAAAGCUUAUCUUACUGCUGAGAAAAGAGUGUCUGAUCAUGAAAAGAAAGAAGAAAUGUUAGCUCGAGAGAAAGAAGAAGAAGCUGCAGGUCAGUCUCAGUCGUUACCAUGUCAACCGUCGCCACGGGAACAGUCUCGGUUCCUUUAUGCAUCGGCCAGUAGCUGGGUUGAUGAUGAUGAUGAUAGUUUGAGUGAUCUUGAUGAUGAUGACAUUGAGCAAUAUCUGGCUACCACUGAUGAGAUUGAAGACAAGAAGAAGAUGAUGCCCCUAGAUUGAUUUCAACUCUCUUCUUAUUUUUCAUCUUUUUAUUCAAUAAUAAUAAUAAUAA